AUUGCGUACUUUAAAAAAUAGUAAUUUUAUAAAUAACUGGGAUGCAAGUAUAUUGCAUAAGUGAAACAAAUAUUUCAUUGAAGAACAAAUAUAUUCUAAAAAUUUAUGUUUUUAUUCAAAUUAGUAAAAUUUGUUUGUGUUGAAACUUCAACUUAAAACGAGUCGAACUCAAGUCAAAAUAGUGCAAUAAAUUAAAAAAAAAAAAAUAGGAUAAUAACAAAAUAACAAAUAUUUACAAUAAAACUGAUAAGAAAUUUAGAUGAAAUUUACAUUUUCAAUUAAAAUCAUGAUUAAAGAUUGAAUGUAUGACUACUAAAAAUUAAAAAAAAUAUGAACGCCCAAACGUUUGCUUCUACUAGUGGAAAAAAUUGUAAGCGACCUAUAAAUAGAAUCAAUCAUUCUGUACCAGAUUGUUUAGACACUCAUAUAAUUUCUGAUGAUAGCGAAACAGAACAAAAUAUAAGUAAUUUUAACACAGUUCAUCACACUAUUAAUAUGAAACCAAACAGUUUAAAUGAUAUAUUACAAUUAACGAAGAGUAUAAGAUUCCAAAAUAAAACGGGGGAAAAUGAAGACUAUAACUUCAACAAAAAAUUAAAAACAUAUAAAGAUAUACAACCGUCUCAAAAUUUUCUAGAAAUAAUUGAAGUUGAUUCAAGAUCUUCAGAUACAAAUGAACCUGAAAUUCUUAUUGUUCCACCACCGGUUCCUUUAGAUUCAAUUUUAUUUAAAACGAGUAGUGAAAAAACAAGUGAUUUUGCUACAUCCACGCCAUCUUCAAUUAAAAAACUUAAAGCUGGACCUUUACCAUCACCACCACCAUCUCCUCCUUUACGGCCAAUGCUUAAGAAUACUCCUGGAAAUUUUGAAAGAUAUUUAGCAAAUUUAGAAAAACGUUUUACAAAAUUAUCAAGUGAAGAUAAAGUUUUGAAUUGGAAUUUCUCAAAUGAUGUUGAUGAUGUGGAAGACUUUGUAGAAUUUGAUAAACACGGACAAAUGCUCAAAAUGAAAUUCCGUAGUAAUAGCAAGAACAAUAAUAAUAAUAAUAACGAAAUGCUUAAAAUACAUCAAAAUUCGUCACAACUGGAAAAGUUAACUAUUAAGGGAAAUGUAACUAAAAACGAAAUUAUGAAUAUGUUAAAACCACAGAAAAAAUCCUCUAUUAAAUACCCUAAAAAACCAAGGCAUAGGAAGUGUGGAAAUCAAAAAAAAUUAAAACUUAUUGCUAAUGGACGGUUGAAUUCUGAAGAAAUAACUUCGACAAAUUCUGAAACAUUUAAAAUACCAAAUGUUCCUCGAAAAUAUUUGAUAUGUAAACCUUGUCAGAACUCUGAUGAAGGUUGCGGAAAUAGUGACUGCGAGCUCUUAACAGAAGAACAUAAAGAAGAGUUUUGUAAAUAUUUAGGUUUAAGUACUAAAUCUCAAAAUGGUGAAAUGUUAUCAUCAGCCUCCGAACAUCCAGAUUUAAAAAGAAGAUCGUUACGCGUUAGGCAGAUUCAAUGUCAGGCGAAGGCAAUGCAAAAAUCGAAUAUUUUAAAGCGGGAAAUACAAAGUCAGACGGACGGAGUUGAUUUUACUGCGUUUGCUGUUAAACCAGAAAAGAUUAGAAAUCCGAAUAUUUUUCCUAAAUAUAACGAAAUAAAUGAAAAGAAAAAUGGUGAAAUCAGAAUUGUUAGAUCAACGAAAAUGGAUCCUACUACGAAAGAGAAUUCUCAACAACCUCCUCAAGUUGUAUUGCAUCAGAACCCGUCAACAGUUUUACCAGAAGUAGCAAAAGAAAAAUCUAGAAUUAAAAUUGUGUGUAGUCUUAAUAGUAAUGUAAUAGCAAGUAACCCAGUUUCAAAUCAAAGCAGUUCAGUUCCACAAACAACAUUACCUAACGAAGUUCGCAACAGUUUAAGCCCUUUGAGUAUAAAUAGUAAAAAUAGUCAAAAACUUAGCCUGGGUCGGAGCAGUUGUCAUGCAGAUGAUGAAAAUUCAAGUCAAAAUAAUGUAAAUAUAAAUAGAAAAAAAGAUUCCCUGAUUAUUGUUAAAAAUACAUAUGAACAAAAACCAUCACCGGAAAUAAAUCCAAGUAUAAUACCAGUAACAGCCUCGAAUAAGGAACAUAAAAUAUCAAUUCAAAACGAAAAUAUUACGAAAUCAGACUCCAAUGAAAAUGAUAGAGAUAAAGGUAAAAUAAAAAUUUUAGAAAGAGUAACAUAUUCUCCAAAAACUGUAAAAAGGGACACACCACUUAUAGCUUACGAUCGAAUAAAAACUUCAGAUAACGUUCAUAAUCAUAUGCAAACGUCUGUUGAUUAUUCUAAAGAUGUAAAAGAUAAAAUUAAAAUAGAAUUUGCUGCUAAUUAUGAUAGUAAAAACUUAAAAACCGAUUCAAAUAUUGAUGAUAAUAAAUCCAAUAUUGUAUUAGCAAAUCAUGAUAUAAAAAGCGAAAAGUCAUUUAAAAUAGACGACGAAAAUGUAAAUAAAAUGAAAAAUGAAAAUAUAAAUGCAAAACCUAUGAAAAAACAGAGUAGAAUAACAUUGAAAAAUAUAAAUAAGAAAUUAGUUAUUUCCCCAAUUCCAAAAUCGAAUACGAAAAAUAGACCUGUUGGACGUCCAUCAAAGAAAUUUAAAACAUUAGUAAAAAAUCCAUCUAGUUUAAAAUUCUUUCGUUUAGUACUAAAAAAUCCAAAACAAAAACAGAAAUUAACAAAAAAAAUUACUGAAACAAAGAUUUUAAAUAAACGCAAUCGACGACAAAAGUCUAUUUCAGAUAAAUCAUUAAAUUUACUUAAUAAUGCAAAGACUGUGCAAAAACCUGAAGAAAAUUUAUCAAAAACUAACUUAUUACAACAACAAUUACCAAAAAGUAUUGUAACAAUAUCAUCAAAUGAAGUUGUAUCAGAAAAUCUAAAACUUAAUUUAAUACCAAAUCCAUUAAAAUUUGAAGAUGGUGAUGUCUUACAUGCAUAUUACGAAAAAGAUUCUUUAAUAGUUGUACAACAAAAUACAAUUAGUUUUUGGAAAUAUUCAAAAAUAUUACAGAUGUUGGGUCAAGAUCAAGAAUGGGAACUAUUAGGAGAAUCGAAAAGGAAUUUAAAUGAUGAAGAAAUAAUAUCACCAUUAAAAAAUCGUCUCCUAUUACAUGAAAAUAUACCAAUAUACACUGAAAUUCGAGCACGUCAAUUGCCAUAUUCUAAUAGAGAAUGCAGUCUAUUAUCGCCAUAUAUAUGUAUCUAUUAUUUUGAUGCAAUUAAAAAUAUUGUACAACAACAUGCUAUACAAUUAGAUUCAAUAAAAUCAUUAGUACCAAAUGUAAUUUAUACUACAAUUACAAAUAGUAGAUAUUUUAUUAUAUGUUGGAAACAAGAUACACCAAAUAGUACAAAUAGAACUGGACUUUGUAAAUAUGCUUUAACACCAGAUUUAGAUACCUUGGCCAGUAUUAGAGAAUUUAAACAUUUAAGACAUGUAAUUUGUAGUCUCGAAUGUAUUAAUGAAGAACGACUUAUUGGUUUUGGUGAAACACAAGUAACAGUAUGGGAUUAUCAUACAGGAGAUAUUUUAUCAAAUUUAGAUUUGGGAAUGAAUAUUGGUAGAAAUUUAGGUGCAAUAAUGUAUUCAAUACAGUCUGAUGAUUAUAUGUUAUUAUAUCAAUUGAUACACGUUGAAGACGAUAAUCCUGAUAAUAUUGAAGAAACAUUUCCGCAAUUAAAAAUUUUUGCAUUAAAUAUAUCACAUAAUUCACCAUCAUAUCGCCUUAUUUAUGGUCAUAAAUUACCAAUACAAUUUGAUAAUAUAAAAUCAGCAUUAAAUUUAAAUAAUUAUAUAAUUGUAACAUCGUUAACUGGUGAAGAAUUAUGGAUGCUUGUUCAGCAACCACAAAGAUUAUUAUUUAUGAAUGAUGAAAUAUCAACAUCUUUAAAAAGAUUUUAUACAACUGGAAGUGAAAAUUAUGUUGAAAUUACUGGAGAUUAUUUAAAUGUAAAAACAAUACAUGAAAAUUUAAUGAAUGUUAAUAAUUAA